GGGUGGGCUCUGUGCCGGAUCUACCUACGGUGACAUCGGCGGGGAACGAGGGGGGGCGAUAGCAGCCGCCUUGGGGCGCUCAGCUGGAGUCGCUGUCCGCCGUCACCCGCGCACUGCAAGGCCCGCCAGCUUGGCCCUCGCUCGCCAUGUCGGACUUCGACAACAAUCCUUUCGCGGACCCGGACCUCAACAACCCUUUCAAGGAUCCUUCAGUUACACAAGUGACAAGAAAUGUUCCUCCAGGAUUAGAUGAAUACAACCCUUUCUCGGAUUCCAGAACACCACCACCAGGAAAUGUCAAGAUUCCCAAUGUGCCCAGCACACAACCAGCUAUAAUGAAACCUACUGAGGAACCCCCUGCUUAUACUCAAAUUGCAAAGGAACAUGCCUUAGCUCAAGCUGAGCUACUUAAACGUCAGGAAGAAUUAGAAAGAAAAGCAGCUGAACUAGAUCGCAGGGAAAGAGAAAUGCAGAGUCUCAACCAGCAGGGAGGAAGAAAGAACAACUGGCCACCACUACCUGGAAAUUUCCCAGUGGGUCCCUGUUUUUACCAGGAUUUCUCUGUAGACAUCCCUGUAGAGUUCCAGAAAACAGUAAAGAUUAUGUACUACUUGUGGAUGUUCCAUGCAGUGACAUUAUUUCUUAACAUCUUUGGAUGUCUGGCCUGGUUUUGUCUUGAUCCUGCACGAGGAGUUGACUUUGGACUGAGUAUUCUCUGGUUCUUGCUUUUUACUCCUUGUUCGUUUGUUUGCUGGUACAGACCACUUUAUGGUGCUUUCAGGAGUGACAGUUCUUUCAGAUUCUUUGUUUUCUUCUUUGUGUACAUCUGUCAAUUUGCUGUGCAUGUACUCCAGGCUGCAGGUUUCAAAGGAUGGGGCAACUGUGGAUGGAUUUCCUCUCUCACUGGGCUGAACCUCAGCAUUCCAAUAGGCAUUAUGAUGAUAAUCAUAGCAGCACUUUUCACAGCAACAGCAGUCAUCUCACUAGUUAUGUUUAAAAAGGUCCAUGGUCUGUACCGCACAACUGGAGCAAGUUUUGAGAAGGCCCAGCAAGAAUUUGCAACGGGAGUGAUGUCCAACAAAACUGUACAAACUGCUGCAGCCAAUGCUGCAUCGACAGCAGCAACUAGUGCUGCUCAAAAUGCUUUUAAGGGUAACCAAAUAUAGAGAAAAGAGAUGACUAUCACUACUAUGUUCUGGCUAUAUUUUAUUUUCCAGUCACUUAUAUUCCCUAAGGACUUUGUUAAAAAUGUACACAGCAUGUACUUCUAUUCAGCUGUGCAUGGGCUAAAACAGGAAAAGGUCCUUGUUUCAUUCCUUUAUACACGUAUUUAGAAGUAUUUCCUGGCUACUACUCUAACAAAAAAUUGCUCUAAACAUAUUUUUCUCCUUUUUGUUUUUUGGAGGCACCCUCUAUUUGGUGAAAAUUUCAACUGUAGAUCUAAUGUUGGUAUGGCAGCUUUUGGGGUCACCUUAAAUAGGUUUUAGAUGGUUUCUGGUCAGUAGCUCUCACUGGAACUUUUUGUUUUGACCUGAGAUAAACACUAUGGAUUAAUUCUUCUUGUUCCUAAUAACUUGCUUCCCUAUUUUCUUAUAUAAUAAGAAUCAGGGUAGCUGACAGUCUUGUACAUGAAAAUUUGGCUGCUGCUCAUAGUUACAGCAGCUGAUGAAGGACAGAUGUAAGCUUAAAAUAAGUACGAUAGAUAAUGUAAAUUCUUUUUUUAGGAUAAUGGUUUUUUUGAUAAAAAUCUGAGUUUGCAUGAAACAAAACUUUGACCAUGCUGAGCUAGUGUUUUGGUCCAGAUUUGUCUCUAGCACUUUGAUUAUAGUAUUUAUUGGAAACUGUUUUCAUGGUGUAUGGUAUUCUAACUUGGAAAUCUUGGAGCACAGUUAUUCUCACAAAAAUACAACAUGCAGCAAAGAAACAUUAAUUAUGUUUAAUUGUACUCGUGUAAUUACAUUUGCUGUUUUCAAUUUCUGUAUUCAUGACUUGAGAAACAACCAAUCUCAUACUUUUUGACCUGUGUUAAAAUGCGGUGAUUUUUUUGUUGUGCUUAUGGAUUCUGACAUUUUUAAGUGUGCACUUGUGUUCAACAAUGGUACUAAAUCUUUAGCCUUGUCAGUCACUCUGUUUACUGUUUCUAUAAACAUCUGAAUAUAUAGUAUCUUAUUUAAAUUUUUAACCACAAGCAUAGUCUCCCGUCAGGCUUUUUAAAGCUAACGUUUAAUUAUGUACUUGAAUUAUUUUAACAUACUUGGGCCUUCAUGUGUGAUCCCAUCUGAAUAAAUGCAUUUUAUAAAAUGCAAAUUGAAGAUGACUUUUUAGCACAGUACUAAUCAACUAUAUGUAUUACACAGCAGUUCUUGGUGGUUUUUAAUUCAUUUUCAUAAUAUUCUGAGUCUUAAUUGCCUCUCAUUUUAAGGUCACACUUUAUCCAUUUGACAUUCUACUAUUAUUGGAGAGUAACCUGAAACAUAUCUUGGAUUAAUUUUUCAAAUAGUAUUUCAUUUCUGCCAUUAAGGACUCUUACUUUAUAAAUACUGGGUAAAGGUGUUGCAACAUUGAUCUAAAGUUAAUACAGUCUGACCCAACAGUUACUUGGAAGAAAAAUAAUUCAGCAUAGUCUAAUACCUAGGUCAGUGUUUACAUUUCUUGAAUUGCAAGCAUUUCCUUAUAGGAAUAAAUGAUCGGGGUAUGGUUGAUGACUUUGCCACAAUAAAUACUGGAGAAUAGACGGUGUGGGAGUUACAUCUUGUAAACAGGUUUCAUACUGUACCUAAAGCCCUCUGCAAGUAAAAUCAUGGAUGUAGUGUGGGAUUCAGUAUAAUUUAUUCCUUGCUAAGUGAGAGGAAAAUUUUAGGACACAAUCGUAUGCAAGUUUACACAAAUAAGAGCCUGCAGCUCCCAGAAUUUUUUUUCUGGGAGUGGUAGACCUUUUUUUGUCUGAGCUUGCAUAGGAUUGUGCCUUUAGCUUUCCUUCACAUGUUUAUGAUAACAUUUAUUUCCAUACUUGAUCCUACAUUGGUAGCCCUAGGUGAUUUUUGUUACUAAUCCUGUAAACUGUAGAAGGAACCUAUGGCUGCUUUUUUUUCCUAAAGAAACAAUGGUUCUUGAAUAUAUUUUUCUCAGGGGAUAGAGCCGUUUGAAACUUGAAAUAGAUAAUGCAGGCCUAGUAGUAGUCUUGUAACCAUUUUGAUCCCAAAAACAAAAGGUAUAACGUUGACUGUCUAAUCUCUUUACAUUCUUAUAAAUCAACAUUCAUGACAAUGUAAACGUAGUGGAAAUGUAAUUCAGGCUUGGGUCAAAAGUGGCAGAGUGAAUCUCAGCAGUGUCCCUGGUUUCUGACAUUCAUUUUGACAGAAGGCUGUUGUAUGUUAAAUGUUUAACAAAUUAAUGGUAUUAAAAAAUGUCAGUGAACAAAUAUAUGCCGAUUAUCUAAGUCAUUUUAGAGUAUCCAGUUUGCAACAAGUUCAGUUCAAAUUACAGUUUGAACACUGGAGUGUCAAUAGCCUGUUAUAUCUAUAAUUUUGGCAUUGGAGUUAUUUAUCUGAAGGAUGUCUGUAUAUUUUGUAAAUUACUAACAAUGCUUUGCCAUCUUGGUGAAUGUCAUGGUUCUGUACAAAUGCACACAGAUCCUCUGAUGUUGCAUGUCUGGGUAGUUCAAAGGUUCUACAUAUUUAUUGUAUUAACUCAGUGACAUAGAAUAAAAAUGUUACUUGAUUGUUUUCUCUGUAUAGUUUUAAAAACAAAGUAGGGUUUUUGUUUUUGUUUUUUUGUAAAAGGCAAGACAAAAUGCAAGGGGUUGAUACAUGUACAGAAAAUAUCACACAUCUGUCCUGAUCCAGCUCUAGUCCUGAGAAGCAGAAUACGGAUGUACAUAGCUUGAAAGGCAGGCAGUGCAAAUAAGCUUUGAUACUUGGAUGUGCAUUCAGAUACAAUCCAUCUGCAUUACAUUACUUUAGAGGGAUGUACAAUUGAAUGUGCAUUCUCUAGCCACAUCCUGGCAUUACCAGUCACACAUUAUGUAUAACUAAAGCUGGGUCAGGGAGUUGGUUUUUGUAAUCUGUAUAUAAAUUCUGUAAUCUGCUACAGUGGGAAAAGUAUGUCUGUUACAAGAAGUACUUGGUACAAUUAGAACUGGGAUUCAUUUUAACAAAAAACCCAGUUACACAUAUUUUAGUUCUGUGAUGUGAAUUGGAAACUUCAAAAGGAGAAUAAUUUGUUGGUACUGAUGAAAUCUAAAAGUAUUACAUUUGUUUGGGAACUUGUUGGAAGUAAAAUGAAACCUCUGAAAACAAA